AUGAUGCCGAGAAGCGAAAAGCAGAAGGAAGAGGACGAUUGGGAACUGCAUCCAUUAUUUUUAUCGAAAAUUCCAAACAAAAAGGACAUAGAUAAGAACCCAGCUCUCUCAGCGCUGAUAACUUUGAUCAAUGAAGAAGAAGAAAAGGAAGUGUUCAGUUACGAACCAAGAAGAAAAAAUCUAAAAAAAAAAAUAACAGAAAAAGGCCAAAUUAUCUACAAAAAAGAUAGGCGGAAUUUUUACGAACCUUAUCAGCAGAGCAAGAAUGAUAGGAUAAAUUAUUUUGGAAAAAAGAACCUUGGCGGAAAUGCGGACGUUAGUAAGGAGGAAGAGGUGGUGGAAGUGGACGAGGAAGGUACCACCCUGACUACUGCAGAACAGGGAGGGGACCAAUCUGGCCAAAAUGUGAGCAACAGCCAACAGGACACAGACCAAACGUCCAUAGGUGAAGUGCUGGUGUGCUUGUCGAUGAUGAAUUUGAAGCAGUAG